AUGAGCUCCUUUUCCAUGAGGACGUUGACCAAGGCAUUGCCCUCGGUGUGCCGCCAAUCCCAGCCUCGAACCCCCUUGAAUAUCACACGUCUAUUCUCGCAGCAAAGCACACGUUCUGCGCGCAACGAUGGUAGCGACAUUGAGAACCAAAUGCUGAAUCGAGAACCCGAGACACCUUCCGGUUCCGCGUCGCCGCUUUCUGCAAUCACACAAAUGAUGCAGGGCAAGAGAUCUGGCCCACCAUCCUCGCGCGGUAGCUCUGAAUACUCCAGGAUGGCUGAAAGCCUUGAAGCCGACAUGAUCAAGAAUCCCUACGCCGACCGAGCCCCUCCCUACCACCUGCACGUCUACUGCCACAAGCACAACACAAUCCUUACCUUGACCCGACCAAAUGGCAACCCCCUUCUGUCCAUUGGAUGUGGUCAGAUCGGUUUCCGUAAAGCUGGUCGCUCCGGCUUUGAUCCGGCAUACCAACUUUCCGCUCAUUUCAUGACCCAGAUUCAGGAAAAGGGCUUCCUGAUGGAGAUCGAACGGUUGGAGGUGAUCUACCGUGGUUUUGGAAAGGGCCGCGAGGCAUUCACAAAGGUUCUCUUGGGCAAUGAGGGACGACACCUUCGGGGGCUUGUUGCGCGAGUGACUGACUCCACUCGACUGAAGUUUGGUGGUACUCGCAGCAGACACGUCUUGCUUGUUCCAACGACAGAAUCUCUCAUCGGUUCACGCGACCGGGAGUCCAACCUGCUAUACUCUGAUCUUGUCGCGUCAGAAGAGUUUCUAGGAAGCCAUGUGCUUCGCAUUCCAAUUCAUAAUGGCUCUGCAAAUACCAAGGAGGAAAACAAUGUGCGCGAAAAUCGGGGGAAAGCAAAGCAGGUUACUACAUUCAAUGGAAGGACGGUGAUCAUCAAGGACAACUCAGUGUACAGCAACAAAGGUGGAGAGCCCUCGCUGGUGAAUGCGCUCACCCAAAUAUGUUCGCUAACCCGGUACUUUCUAUCAGGAUUCAAGUCACUCACACAGGCCCAACUGCUCUCCGACGUGCUCUAUUACUCCCCGUCCAAUGACUCGCGCCCAUGGCUGAUUUACUACAUCUCUCGCCCGUUGAUCGGAACAUAUGACCCUGGCAAGGUUUUACAAGCAGUAGUUCCUGGGACCGACACCGGGAUUGUACCGACUGCCCCGGACAAGAAAUAUGGAAAUGGAGAUUCAAUUGGGACCCCACCAAAACAAGAUAUCAAAUCUUUUGGGGAACUGCUAGCCAAUUACCCGAUGAUUGCUCGACAAAUGCAGCCGGGCCUGGAAAGACUAUUCAAAGAGUUUGGAAAGGAACUUGGUAAACCAUUGCCGCCUCCUCCGUCACGAUCGCCAUCUGCAUCCGGCAGUGAACGCGUCCAUAAGUUAUCACGGGCCGAGUCUUGGACAGACGAAAGCUCCUCUAUCCGCAGCUGGUCGUCACGCAGUAGAGGGCGAUUGCCAUUCAACUCCGAAGAAUACUUCGAGGACGAUGAAGAUCUCAUGCGUCGAAGCUUGGAAACUGCGGUGACUGCUGCUAUUGAUCUUUUCCGCCUGGUUGACAAGCAGCAAUUGUCGUUGCUAGGUGCGACUACUGACCUCACCGGUCCUCUUGUGGAGCGGCUAAUAGAACGUUAUGUCGCCGAGCAAGUCCACGAGCCCCUGCUUUUCCCUCGUCUUUGUUCGUUCCGGCAACCGGAGGACACAGAGCUGGAUGCCCGCAUUCGCCAGAUGGAGAGCAUCGAUGUGUCUCAAGUCGGAAUCUCCGUUGAAGGUGGACAUGAUGGGAAGCGAGAACUGAUUCGCCGACUUGGGCGAGCUGUGGAAGAAUUUCGGAAGAUCAAUGACGCUCGGUGUCCCCAUGAUAUGCUGAAUACUCUCCUUGGAACAGUGAAGGUCAUCUCCUUCCCUGGAAGUUAUGAUCAAAUGGACGGCACGCCAUCUGAGAAGGGAACUUCUUCUGUCACGAUCAAUGCUGAUGUCUUGGUGUCAUUAUUGCUUAUUGUUGUCAUUCGUUCUCAAGUACGGCAUCUCCAAGCUCGAUUGUUGUACAUGCAGCACUUUAUCUACAUCGACGACGUUGAUAAUGGCGAGAUGGGAUAUGCUUUAAGCACGUUUGAAGCUGUUUUGAUGUAUCUCGUAACCGACUCCGCCGGAUUACGGCGCGCCAGCGCUCGCAACAGACGUUUGUGGCAAGCAACAAAAGCUGGCAGAAUAUCGGAUAUGAAAUCAAUACUAGAACCGAACGGCGAUCACGAAUCAAUAGACGACACGACUCCACCGGAACCAGAGCGGAAGUCUGUCUUGUUCCAGACAGAUGAAGCUGAUGAGCUGGAUGAUCUCCCUCUCGAGCACUCUUACACGAGUCAUACCAAUGGCGGCUCAUACCGGGAUGAAGCUGUUGUCGAUGCACCACCGCUAUCCCAUGUGUUCCCAUUCCAAACCUGGGCCGAUCCUUCGAUUAUCCAAGAAUCACACCCGCACCGUCCAAUUAAGAAGGUUUCAAUGGACGUUCGCAGCCUAUCGGAAUCAUCAGCUAUCUCAUUUAUCUCCAGGACCGCAACCCUCGGGUCCAUGACUAGUGGGAUUGAAGGUGAUAGUUCGAUUGAGACGCUGACAAAAACCCAAGAUCCUGCUGGUCAUUCUAUACCGAUGAUGGCAGUGGAGGCCCGUCAGGCCGAGGCUUUGAAGUACCUGUUGACUCUAGAAGAAUAUUACCCCUUGGAAGAAAUCAUCCAAGACACCAACGUUGAUGGGACCACGCUAUUAAACGCCGCGGUGCAACUCGCACACACUGAAAUAGUCAAUAUUCUCUUGGACUUCCUAUUUGCAAAGACAGACACAAGCGUGGUUGCAUUCUACCUGACGAAAUCUGACGUCCACGGUCGCACUGUUGCCCAUUAUCUUUUCAGCACACCCUCGCUGCUAGGGAGACUUGGUAGCAUUAUCCCAUGGCGACAACGGGACAAACAUGGACAAACACCACUCUUUGCACUUUGUCGAUCGUAUGAUCAUCCGGAAUACAAAUCAAUGGUCCAAGCCGCUUUGACUGCAGCGCAAUGGGCACAAGGCGACAAUAAACCACUUCAGCUUGAUGAUCAUGUCGAUACGAAGGGAAACACACUGCUUCAUAUUGUUGGGGAUCCCGAGAUUACACGGCGCAUAUUGCAGGAAAGCGAUUGCGAUCCCAAUGCGACCAACGACAAGAGAUUUACGCCAUUGAUGAUGGCAAGCAAGUACGGGCGAGUUGAUCAAGUUCGCAUUCUUUUCUUAGACCCAAGGGUCGACGUUCAUAUUAAAGAAGCCCGCGGGUUAACAGCCGUGGAAUUGGCCAAGGAUGAUGAGGUGCGAAAUCGCAUCGACGAUCUGAUCUUGUUAUCCCAUCCUCCAUCAGCCUGUAGUGAUCCUUCUGGUCGUGUCACAACAGUCGUGCGGUCGUACUUUGUCGAGGACGCAACCGUGCGCUUUAUUCUCAAAUCCGGCGCACCCUUUCCUCCCUCCGAAUCCAUGGCAUCAUCGCGGCCCGGAUCGACAAUAUACACUGUCACGACUUGUCGCCGCAAUUUCUCCGACUUUGAAAAUCUGGCUAAAUGGCUUGCAGUGGAACAUCCAGCCUCUUACAUGCCGUCCCUCUCAGACUUUCGGAAUCCAUUCCAGAUCCAUUCGAAGCCAUCACGGUCUGUGCUCCAUGAUCUCCAGGAAAAGUUGGACCGGUUCCUGAAGACACUUCUCGCCCAUCCAACCUUUUCAACCCACGAAAUGCUGUGGGAGUUCUUCCUCGUUCCGGAACUUCAGCCUGAGAUGGUGGCCGAUCGAUCGUACCGUAAGGCUGCUGUGCUCACAGAGACCAUCGCGGAUGAAUACGCUCCGGUCUCACUGGAGGGCAUGCGGGACACAGAACAAUUCAUCACCCACGCUCAGGAUAUGGUGCGCGGUGUACACGUCAACACGCGUUCCCUUAUCCGCCGAGGGCAUGCAUUGCAGAAUGCAACAUCUGAUCUCGCCGAUGCGGUGACGAUAUGCUCAUCUGUCCUUGCUACACUCCGAGCGCCCACCAAUGCACUCCCGGUCUCACACAUCGAGGCCUUUGCUCGGUACGCUACCUACCUGUCGACCUCUAGGUCUGACUCCUCCCCUCUCCUGCAAUAUUUGGCAGCUCUUUCCUCAGUCGACAACACCACGGCUGCAAUUCUCAUUUCUUUAUCCCGUCCACUGGCUCUCAUGUCUUCACUCUCUUCAACAAACCGUCACAUCUCUCGCUCUCGCUCCUCCCUCCUCUCUUCCUCCCUCCCUCGCAAAUUCAAUAUCAACCUGCCAGGCUUUGAAGAGUCUCGACAAAAGUCCGUCCGUGACCUCGAACAAAAGAUUCGCGAUGGUGAAUCCGAGUCCACUCGGCUGGCGAAGGAGGUAUCGUGGAACAAGGAUGUUGUCGUCGGCGAACUCGCCGGCUGGACUUCAUGGCGGGAAAAGGUCGGCCGUGACGCGAUCCGAGCAUUUGUCAAGGAUACCCUUGUACGCGAAAAGGAGCGCGGCAAGCGCCUUGAACGGUGUCUCCGUAGCGUGCGCGAUAUGAAUGCAUGA